GAAGCUCAUCUCAAGGUCAAACAUGACACUGCGGCUACAGCUGUGGAAAGUCACUAACCGAGCAUAGCCCUGGACUCCAGAAAUUUGUAGAGGCAAACUCUCAGCUGAAGCAUGGCUGACCACCAGUCCAUCACUUUGGCAUCAGUAGCUUACUACUGUCAAGAAAAAUAUUUCCACCACGUAUUGAACACUGCUAAUGAAGGGCUGAUGAUGUGCUGCAACAAGCCUGUGCUGAUUUUCUUCAAAGCUUUCGCAAAUUUAAUGGAAGGCCAUAUCCAAGAAACCAUCAGACUCCUUGAGACAAUCAAGGGCAAUCAAAAUGUUUCACUGUGCUCAAUCAUUGCCCUCAUUUAUGCGCACAGAAAGAGCUCAAUAAUUGAUCAUGAUGCCAUUAAGGAGCUUGACAUAAAGCUCAAAGAAAGCCAAACAUCUGCAGGCGAUAAAGCUCUGUAUUAUGCUAGUAUGUUCUCGUGGUUUGUGAAUCAGCAUGAGGAAGCUAGAGAGUACAUUGACAGACUGUUGAAAAUUUCCAGUGGAUCAAAGGAGACAAUAAUACUUAAAGGAUGGAUUGAACUAACAGAUAGCAAUAAUGGGAAUUUAAAGAAGGCAAUCAGUUACCUAGAAGAAGGGCUGCGGGAUUCAAAAGAUAUAUUCGGUUUGAUGGGAAAGGUCUACUACCUUCAGAAAGAACAGAAUUUUCCCAUUGCCCUGGAAACAGUCAACCAGAUUAUUGCCAGCACUCCCACAUUCCUGCCAGCACUCAUUAUGAAGAUGAAGCUGUUUUUUGCCCAAAACAACUGGGAUCAAACUUUAGAAACUGCACAGAGAGUUAUGCUGAAGGAUAGCACCAAUGUGGAUGCACUGCUAACCUUGUGUCUCCAUUCGCUUUGUAAAGAAGGAGAUAUGGCUGAGGCUGAAAAUUAUGUGAAACAACUUAUUAGUGCCUUGGAGAAAAGGGAGCCUCAAAAUCCAAAGCUUUACCUAUCUGUAGCUGUUUUAUUAAGCAGAAUGUGUGGCAGGAACCAGAACAUUUUGGAUCAGGCGUACAGUUUGGUGGAGCAGUCACGAGACAUGGCCCCCACAGACGCACAGAUUGCAACGGAGCUUGGAUUCCAACUAGUUCUCCAGGGUAAACUGCAGGACGCUGUGAAGCAGUACACAGACGCAAUGAAACUGAAUGAAACCAACAUGCCUGCACUGACAGGAAGAAUUCAAGCUGAGAUCUUGCUUGGGCAGUUAGAAGAUGCAGACCAACAGCUGGAGCUCCUAAAAGAAAUGCAAGGGUUCAUUGGAACAUCUGCGGAGCUGCCUUAUCUUCAAGCAGUGUUAGCUGUAGAUAAAGGUAAAGAGCCAAAGGUCGUCAUCAAGUUUCUGAACCGAGCUAUAGACAUUCACUUCAGUUCAUUAGAGGACCUUCCUCUUGGCUUGGAAUACUAUGAGAAACUCAACCCUGAAUUCCUGCUUGAUAUUGUAAGGAAACUUUUGGCCCUCUGUCCAGAUCAGUCUGUUCUUCAAGGACAGCCUCUUUCUCCUUUGCUGAGGCAAUCAGCAAUGAUACUGGAGCCAGUGGUUAAGGCAGCCCCUGGAAUUAAGGAACUUCUGUACAUUAUGGCCAAAAUUAGAUACAUGUCAGGUAACUUGACCAUAGCUCAGGCCACACUGCAGCAAUAUCUCCAGCUGGACCCCAGUUAUGCUGAUGGCCACCUGCUCAUGGCUCAGAUAUAUCUGGCCCAGUGCAAUUUCAAAGAAUGUUCCCAUUCUCUGGAAAUGGGCCUCAGCUACAACUUCCAGGUCAGGGAGCACCCUAUCUACCACCUGAUCAAAGCCAGAGCUCUGAAGAAGAUGGGUAAGAUCACAGAAGCCAUAACAACACUAAAAAUGGCAAUCAGCCUGCCAGGGGUGAGGAGGGGCUCCACUGGAAGAGGGAAAUGGGCAUCAGCCAACAUCAGUUUGAGUGACCGUGUCUCUGUGUAUCUGGAGCUGGCGGACGCGCACCACUCAAAUGGUGAACAGCAUGAAGCUACCAAAGUGAUGCAAGAUGCUAUCCAUGAAUUUGCCAGGACGCCUGAAGAAACUCGUAUCACCAUCUCCAAUGUCGAUUUGGCUCUCAGCCAGGAUGAUGUGGAAACAGCAUUCACCAUGCUCAGGAGCAUCCUCCCCGAGCAGCCGUAUUACAUCGAAGCCCAAAAGAAGCUGGCACAGAUCUACCUGUACAAGCAGAGGGCCCAAACGCUUUAUAUCAGAUGCUAUAUAGACUUGCAUGAACGGUUCCCGAGUCCACAGAUAAGUCUUCUUCUUGGCGAUGCAUAUAUAACUAUCCAGGAGCCAGAGAAAGCUAUAGAGGUAUACGAGCAGGUCUUAAACAAAAACCCUUAUGAUGGACAUUUGGUGAGAAAAAUUGGUCAAGCAUUCGUUAAAACUCACCACUACACCAAGGCCAUACAUUAUUUUGAAACUGCACUAAAAAUUGGUGGACAGGACUUCUUGUGCCACGAUUUGGCUGAACUCCUUCUGAAACUGAGGCUAUUUGAAAAAGCAAAGAAAGUGCUCAGAAAGGCCCUUGAACAUGAUUUCAAAAACGAUUUGGUCACCAUGAUGAAUGAUAUCAAGUACCUGAUGCUUUUGGCCAAGAUCUGCAACAAGACUAAUGAAGUAGAGGAAGCACUAACUGCUUUAAGCAAGGCUUACGACUUACAAGGACGAUUACUGAAACGCCUGAUGAUGGAGCAGUCAGACAUCAUUCCAGCCCAAAAUCAGCUGGCGGCCUCCAUUUGUGCAGAUAUAGCACACAUAUGCGUGGAUAAGCUAGAAUAUGACAAGGCGAUCCGUUACUAUAAAGAAGGGCUGGGCUUUGUUGAAAACGACCCUAAACUGAUGAUAGAGCUUGCCCAAUUAUACCUGGCCAAAGGAGACAGUGAUGUGUGUGAGCAUCUGUGUAUGAAGCUACUGAAGAAUGUACAAAACAACAAUGAUGUUAACAUGAUGAUGGCAGACCUCAUGUUUAAAAAACAAGAGUAUGAACACGCUUUAUUCUAUUAUCGACAACUAUUUCAGAGAUCACCAGACAGCUUCUUGGUCUUAAGCAAGUUAAUUAAGCUGUUCAGAAAAACAGGCAGACUUGAUAAAGCUCCAGAAUUUUUGGACCUAGCAGAGAGGAAGUCAACAAGAACAGUUGCAGAGCCUGGGUUCAACUAUUGCAAAGGCCUCUAUCUCUGGUAUACAGGGCAACCAAGUGGAGCACUGAAACACUUUAACAAAGCUCGCAAGGACAGCGACUGGGGGCAAAGUUCCAUUUACAGCAUGAUCCAGAUAUGUCUUAACCCAGACAACGAGAUCGUAGGAAGCAACCUGUUUGAAACCCUGGAUGAAGACUUCAGUGGAGAGUCCAACGAAAAGGAGGAGACAGACCAGCUCGCAGUAAGGACAGCAGAGAAACUACUGAAAGAUUAUCAUCCUCAAACACAGGAAGAACAGGAGCAACGGAUAUUGCUGCAGAACAGUUGCCUAAUGGCCACUAAUGAUCGUUCUAAAGUGGAAACAGCCCUCGACAUGUUCACAGAAAUGGCCUCUGUCAAGAAGGACCACAUUCCUUCACUCCUGGCCGUAGCUCAAGCUUGCGUGAUCCUAAAGCUGAUUCCUCGGGCCAGGAACCAGUUGAAGAGAAUAACGAAAAUAAACUGGAAUUUGAAGGAUGCUGAGGAGUUUGAGAAGAGCUGGCUUCUGCUGGCUGAUAUUUACGUUAAAGCAGGAAAAUACGAGCUUGCAACAGAAUUGCUGAAACGCUGCUUACAGUACAAUCAGUCUUGUUGUAAGGCAUAUGAAUACCUAGGGUUUAUCAUGGAGAAAGAGCAGUCCUACAUGGAUGCAGUUACAAACUACAAAUUGGCCUGGAAGUGCAGCAAUGAGGCAAACCCUGCUAUUGGUUACAAACUCGCUUUCAAUUACUUGAAAGCAAAAAUGUACGUGCAUGCAAUCGACAUUUGUCACAAGGUACUGAAAAGUCAUCCCACUUAUCCAAAGAUUCGAAAGGAGGUUUUUGAAAAGGCUCAAUCUUCUCUUAAGCAAUGA